AUGUUUGCUCAACCAACAGGUAUUAACAAUAUGCUUGCUCAACCAAUAGGUGUUAACAAUAUGCUUGCUCAACCAAUAGGUGUUAACAAUAUGAAUGCUAUCAAUACUAUGAAUACUGCCAAUACAUGGAAUAACGAUUAUCAAACCGUUGGUUAUGGUAAUUAUGGUUAUGGAAUUUAUACACAAGAUGUUGAACUUACUCGUGAUCCAUUCACUGGUCGUAUUAAUUUAGAACAUGAAAUUGAUUUUGUUCCAUUAGGUAAUCAAUUUCAACCUUAUACUGGCAUUCCAGCUUCUAUUCAUCAACAUUAUAUCAACUAA